AUGAAGAACGCCUACAAAAAAGUCCGCGUACGCUAUCCUGUCAAGAGGCCGGACGUGAAGAGAAAGCAGAGGGGCCCCAGGGCCGAGACCCAGGAGUCCCGCUUCCUUGCAGCAGCCGUUGCAGACGAGAUAAGCGGCCUCUCUCCACUUGAGAAGAAGGCAAUCUCGCUUCUUGAGGCCAAGAACAAUAACAAGGCACAGAAGCUGCUAAGAAAGAGGCUGGGCUCGCACAAGCGCGCCGUAGCAAAGGUCGAGAAAUUGGCAAGGAUGCUUCUGGAAAAAUAA